AAAUUUAAACGCAGUCGAUCGCUGGCGGUGAGCAGACGUGCGCUCCGCUUGAGAUACAGAUACUCAGGCACUCAGUCAGAUACUCUCGGUCGGCAACAAACAAGUUCUAAAUUUAUCGCUCGUACUCGCGGGGAAUCGAAUCUGUGCUGUCUUUGACAUUCUAAAGCGUUUUCGGAGCUGCGAAGGGAACGUAAACAGUCGCCAAGAUGGGGGACAUGUUCCGAAGUGAGGAAAUGGCACUCUGCCAGAUGUUCAUUCAGCCAGAGGCCGCGUACACCUCCGUAUCGGAGCUGGGCGAAACCGGCUGUGUGCAGUUCCGCGACCUGAACGUGAAUGUGAACGCCUUCCAGCGGAAGUUCGUCACCGAGGUGCGGCGCUGCGGACUGGAGCGCAAGAUCCGCUACAUCGAGACGGAGAUCAAGAAGGACGGCAUUGUGCUGCCGGACAUCCAGGAUGACAUUCCGCGGGCACCGAAUCCACGCGAGAUCAUUGAUCUGGAGGCCCACCUGGAGAAGACCGAGUCGGAGAUGAUCGAGCUGGCCCAGAACGAGGUGAACAUGAAGUCCAACUACCUGGAGCUCACCGAGCUGCGCAAGGUACUGGAGAACACGCAGGGCUUCUUCUCGGACCAGGAAGUGCUCAACCUGGACUCCAACCGGGCUGGUGGCGUGGACGAGGCCACAGCCCAGCAUCGUGGACGCCUUGGCUUUGUGGCCGGUGUGAUCAACCGCGAGCGCGUGUUCGCCUUCGAAAGGAUGUUGUGGCGCAUCUCGCGUGGCAAUGUGUUCCUCAAGCGUUCCGACCUGGACGAGCCGCUGAAUGAUCCUGCCACGGGUCAUCCCAUCUACAAGACCGUCUUCGUGGCCUUCUUCCAGGGCGAGCAGCUGAAGAACCGCAUCAAGAAGGUGUGCACUGGUUUCCACGCCUCGCUUUACCCUUGUCCCAGCUCGCACAACGAGCGCGAGGAGAUGGUGCGCAACGUGCGCACUCGCCUGGAGGACCUAAAGCUCGUCCUCAGCCAGACGGAGGAUCAUCGCAGCCGGGUCCUGGCCACCGUGUCCAAGAACCUGCCCUCGUGGUCGAUCAUGGUCAAGAAGAUGAAGGCCAUCUACCACACGCUCAAUCUGUUCAACAUGGACGUGACCAAGAAGUGCCUGAUCGGAGAGUGCUGGGUGCCCACCAAGGACCUGCCCAUUGUCCAGAAGGCUCUCUCUGACGGAUCUGCUGCCGUGGGCAGCACCAUUCCCUCGUUCCUCAAUGUGAUCGAUACCAACGAACAGCCGCCGACCUUCAACAGGACCAAUAAGUUCACUCGCGGAUUCCAGAACUUGAUCGAUGCCUACGGUGUGGCCUCCUACAGGGAGUGCAACCCCGCUCUGUACACCUGCAUCACCUUCCCCUUGUUCGCCGUGAUGUUCGGCGAUCUGGGCCACGGCCUCAUUCUGGUUCUCUUUGGCGCCUGGAUGGUUCUCUCCGAGAGGAAGCUGGCCCGCAUCCGUAACGGUGGCGAGAUCUGGAACAUCUUCUUUGGCGGUCGCUACAUCAUCCUGUUGAUGGGUCUGUUUGCCUGCUACACCGGAUUGGUUUACAACGACAUCUUCUCCAAGUCGAUGAACCUGUUUGGAUCGCGCUGGAGCAACAACUACAACACCUCCACAGUCCUGAGCAAUCCCAGCCUGCAGAUGCCCCCCAAUAGCUCCGCCAACGGCGUCUAUGCCUUCGGCAUGGAUCCCGUCUGGCAGCUGGCCGACAACAAGAUCAUCUUCCUGAACAGCUUCAAAAUGAAGCUCUCGAUCAUCUUUGGUGUGCUGCACAUGGUGUUCGGCGUGUGCAUGUCCGUGGUUAACUUCACCCACUUCAAGCGUUACGCUUCCAUCUUCCUGGAGUUUGUGCCCCAGAUCCUCUUCCUGCUGCUGCUCUUUGGCUACAUGGUGUUCAUGAUGUUCUUCAAGUGGGUUAGCUACAACGCCAAGACAGACAUCCAGGCCGAGACACCCGGCUGUGCUCCGUCCGUCCUGAUUAUGUUCAUCAACAUGAUGCUGUUUAAGAACACACCACCGUUCAAGGGAUGUAACGAGUUCAUGUUUGAAUCGCAGCCGGAUCUGCAGAAGGCCUUCGUGCUCAUCGGUCUGUGCUGCAUUCCCUGGAUGCUGCUCGGCAAGCCACUGUACAUCAAGUUCACCCGCAAGAACAAUGCUCAUGCCAAGCACAAUGGUCAGCUAACCGGCAACAUGGAGCUGGCCGAAGGCGAGACCCCUCUGCCCACAGGCUUCUCUGGAAACGAGGAGAACGCAGGAGGCGCCCACAGUCACGACGAUGAGCCGAUGAGCGAGAUCUACAUUCACCAGGCCAUCCACACCAUCGAAUAUGUGCUCAGUACCAUCUCGCACACGGCCUCAUAUCUCCGUCUCUGGGCUCUGUCCCUGGCCCAUGCCCAGCUCUCCGAGGUGCUGUGGAACAUGGUGUUGUCUCUGGGUCUGAAGAUGUCCGGAGUGGGCGGCGCCAUCGGACUCUUCCUCAUCUUUGGCGCCUGGUGCUUGUUCACUUUGGCCAUCCUCGUUCUGAUGGAGGGUCUGUCCGCCUUCCUGCACACCCUGCGUCUGCACUGGGUGGAGUUCAUGAGCAAGUUCUACGAGGGUCUGGGCUACGCCUUCCAGCCCUUCAGCUUCAAGGCCAUCCUGGAUGGCGAGGAGGAGGAGUAGAGAGUUCAAGCCACGAAAAUAUGUAUACAAUUAUCCAGCGAGCUUUGUUUUCCCAACAGCCCACAGAUAUGAUUUGAAUUGUUUGUUAAA